AUGGGGCUGGAGGCUGUGCCUGGUGCCCUGUGGGGAGCACUGAGCUCCAAAUACGAAAUCAAGAGCAAUCGGACCAGCCCUGACUUGCCCACAGCCCCAGGGCUGAGCAGCGCAAUUCCUGUCCGAUGUCCUUGCUCAUGUGUUUCAGCUGCUGUUUCCUGGUAUGACGAGUUCCAGAGGCUCUAUGACACCAUUCCUUGUAUUGAAGUGCAGGCUCUGAAGGAGCACAAUGACCAGGUUUUGCACCUCAGCUUCUCCCACUCCGGCUGUUUGUUUGCAUCGUGCUCCAAAGACUGUACUGUUAAGAUCUGGAGCAAUGAGCUGGACAUCUCCCUGCAGCACAGCUCCAAUAUGAGGCCAUAUAACUGGAGCUACACACAGUUCUCCCAGUUUAACUCGGAUGACUCCCUCCUUCUGGUAUCAGGUGUCUUUGUGGGGCCUCACAACUCUUCGUCAGGAGAGAUUGCUGUAAUCAGUAUGGAGAAUUUUACACUACUUUCCAGGGUGAGGAAUAAACCCUACGAUGUGUUUGGCUGCUGGCUGAAUGAAACCAACUUGAUUUCUGGCAAUCUGCAUCGGAUUGGGCGUAUAACCUCCUGUUCUGUGCUAUGGCUGAACAACGCUUUCCAGGGCAUAGAGUCUGAGAAUGUGAAUGUAGUGAAGAGACUGUUUAAAAUCCAGAACUUGAAUGCCAGCACUAUCCGGACAGUGAUGGUGGCUGACUGUAGCCGGUACGAUUCCCCAGAUCUGCUCCUGGACUAUGAGGAGCAGCUAGCUGCUUCUACCUCCACCUGCCCAGUCUUUGAUCUUGGCAGUGACAGUGAGGAAGAGGAGGCCAAGCCCAAGCAGACUGCAGAGCCAGCAGGACAGGAAUUGCCAGAUGACGGGGGUGUGACAGCAGAGGAUGGGCUGCAGCAGUUCUUUGAUGAUAUCAUGGAGGGCCGUGUGAGGCCUGCCAUGACUGAGACUGAGCUAGAGACAAAGGUGGCUGAGCUGUUCAUACGCAACAGAACUAAACCGCCCGAGCUGAACCUGCUCCCCACGGACAGCAAUAGCAAGACAAAAUACUUGAUCUUCACCACAGGAUGCCUCACCUAUUCUCCACAUCAGAUAGGGAUUAAAAGGAUCCUGCCUCAUCAGAUGACAACUGCUGGGCCAGUGCUUGGGGAGGAGAGGCGUUCAGAUGAGUUCUUUGACUCCUUGGAUCAUGUCAUUGACAUCCACGGACACAUCAUUGGCAUGGGCCUCUCACCUGACCACAGGUACCUGUACGUGAACAGCCGGGCCUGGCCACGGGACUGUGUGAUCUCAGACCCAAUGCAGCCGCCUCCCAUUGCUGAGGAGAUUGAUCUGCAUGUGUUCGACCUGAAGACGAUGAAGGAGGUGAAAAGAGCCCUCCGUGCGCAUCGGGCCUAUACACCCAAUGAGGAGUGCUUCUUCAUCUUCCUGGAUGUCAGCAGGGAUUUUGUAGCAAGCGGGGCAGAGGAUCGCCACGGCUACAUCUGGGACCGGCACUAUAACAUCUGCCUGGCCAAACUGCAACACGAUAAUGUGGUCAACUCGGUGGCAUUCAGCCCAGUUGAGCAGGAGCUGCUCCUGACAGCCAGCGAUGACGCUACCAUCAAGGUGUGGCGCUCUCCUCGCACAGUGCGGAUCCAGCAGGCCAGGAAACCCAGGCCCAGAAAACUGCUCUUCUCUUGGCUCAUGAACCAGAAAAGCUGAACCCAGGUACACCUGCUCCUGCAGCUUCCUCACUCCAGCCACUUCCUCUGGAGCUUGCAGAGCUUUGAGCCCUGCACAGUGGAGACAAGCUCUGGGCACAUGAAUCCCAUCAGCUGAGUCAGGAGGGACCCCAGUAGUGGGAACUGCUUCCUCCUCAGAGCAUCUGCUUCAAAGACAGCACAUAAGAGCUGAGGGCCUGUUCCUGGGUCUGACUGGGCAGUAGCCUGAGCUGGUCACUGCAGGGCAGCCUCCCCACAGCUUCUCACAAAUGCUGCCACUUGGUCACAGCUCUCUCCAAGUGAGCUUUGGUCUUGGAACAGACUGAAGCCUGUCUCCAGCCUUUGUACUGUGUGAGUCUGGGACAUGUCUGACCUUGCUGAGAGCUACUGGCUGCAGAGCACUUGGCAAAAGCAGUGGUACAGCGCUGUGCUGCCUUAUUGCAGGACUUUUUUUUUUUUUAAAUAUAGUAGUUUUAUUAAUGUUGGCUUGUCCCAAACCUCCAUGGGCAGUUCAUCUAGCUGCUGGGUGUGCUGAGUGCCUCCUCCCACACAGCAUUUGGGCCCUGAAGGGCAGGAAGGAUUGGAGGGCUGAAAAGGCCAUUGCAGUGAGGGCAGCUGAGGAGGCAGUGCUGGGGCUGCUGCUGAAGGACCUGCCUGGCAUCUCAACUUGGCAUUUAGCGCAGCCCUCUGGGAUGCAGCCAGCUGCUAUGUUGAUGCCUUCUGUUAGCAACUAAGUAUUGAUAGAGCCAGUUCCCAAACUGUGUUUGUGGAGAGCUGGUGGUAACAUGGUGCUGGCUUUGCCUCUGUCUUCCUCUGCUAAGUAGCACUGAAAUAAGCUGUGGCAUUGGUAACUUAUUUAUUCCAGGGGAUCUGCUGCCCCUUCCCAAGAAGGCAGCUGUGAAGAUGGCUGGUGGGUCUUAUGGUCACCUCCCUCCCUUGCUACUCAAAUUGUGGCACUUUAGGUUCUCUUGGUAUGUUCUCUGUGAAUAGGUGUGGCCACCCGUAAGUGUCUACAGGUAUUCACCCACAGGUGAACAGGUGGAGACACAGCACUCUUCCACCUGAACUGACAGUUGAAUAAGCUUCCUCCUACCUGGGUUCACUUGCCUUGGAUUAGGAGGGUCGGCUCCUCUUGGACACCCCUCUGAACACAGGAGCUGGCUCUCUUUAAACUGUUAUGAACCCAGUGUUGUUUACUCUGUAUCUGUCCCUGAAGGUCCUCUCUCUCCAGCGGGGAGCCAAAUGUGAGAAUCUAAAAUUAAGCUCCUAAUCUUGACUCGGCCUAGAUGGCUGAGAACUGGUCCCAGAGCCACUGCUGGCAGGCAGUGACCCAGGAGCUGGGCUUUAGGCCUGUGUUUGGAAGGGAGCCUAGCCUGAAACAGAGGCUGGAGGAGGAACUCCAGGAAUCCUGGGUCCCCUGAGAAUGCUGUGGGGCAGCUGUCUGUGCCACUCACAGUGGUUGGGUUGCAAAUAGACUUUAUGGAGGCAGCAGAUACUGUCUUGAUGUGCACUGAUGGCUUUAACAGCUCCUGAGGUCCUUGACAAGGGGGUUUGUAUCCUUCUGUUCCCCCCCCCCCCCCCCCCCCCCAGCAGGUGCCCAUGGCUUUAUUCAAAACCCUUGUACUCAGGUUUUCUGUCUUCAUAUGACUUCCAGAAGAAGCGAGUCCUUUAUUUGUGUGUGUGUGUGUGUGUGUGUGUGUGUGCACAAGAUCUAAAUCCAGUUAUCUAUCCUGUUACACCAAGUAACUCAGCCUCUACCUUCUUCCAUUUGCCCCUAAAGCUUGUGAAAUCUGUUCUUCUCACUUAGCUCUGUGUAGUAGUGAGCAAGGCACUGAGGGUUUAUGUUUGUAUCAAGUUUUGCUCUUCACUAUGGCAUUGAAUAAAUAUUCUGCUCAAGCA